AACUAGAUUGACGCUAGUCUGUGUUUCUUGUCUUGUUUACGUCAAGUAAUUUUGUUUAAUAUUGCAAAAAAUACGCAAGAAUAAAGCUAUAUAGUUAUUUAUCUUAAUCAGUAUGUGAUACUAAGGAUUUUUACUAUAUUUAAGUGAUACAAUGUUUAUAAAUGUGACACAAAUUAAAUUUUCUCAGUGAAUUGCAACCAGAAUUGAAGACAUAACCUCAAAAUUAUUUUGGGAAUACUUUAAUUGACAUUUUUAAGUGUUUAUAUUGUGAUGGCGCUACAGUUAUCACGGCGCGAGGUGGAGGAGCUUCGGUCGUCAUUAGACCGUGCCAUAUACAGGACAGUUGGCAAAUCGGAUAGUUCUCUAUUGUCGACAGUAUCAUCCUGCCUUACUAACGGAUAUGAACGCAGAAAAUUCAUAGACAAAAUCUCAUCACACAUAGACCCAAAGAAAGCUAGCAAACUAACCGAUAAGGUUCUCGCACUAGCACAAGAGCUGGUGUCGUCCUCAAAGGCGCAGAAACGUAAACACGAACCAAGCGAUCGGGACAGGGACGUAAAGAAGUCACGGCACGAUGACAGGGAGAAGCAUGAAGAAGAGAAACGGCAUGAUAAAGAGGAGAAGGAGAAGAAAAUCGGGAAUGGAGUCGAGGUGCUGCCUUUGCCGUCAGUCAUGCCUGAAGGGGAGACUGUCGGAUCCAAGAUCUCAGUGCUCAGUGCGGAUAGGAUUAAGCUCAUGAUGGCAAACGCCCAGAAGGAGAUCGAGGAGCGCAAGAGGGCGCUGAUAGCGAUGAAGGGCGAGCACAAGCCAGGCGUGAACGUGGCAGUGGCGGCUGCCCAGCAGAUCAAAGUCCAGAUGCAGCAGAAUAAUGCUAUCCCUCCGCCCAGUGUGAUCAAGCCAGUGCUGUACUCGAAACCGGCCGCAUUACCAAUCAGUCAAGAGGAGUUGGAGAAGCAGAGGAAGAUAGCUGAACUGCAAGCCAGGAUACAGAGGAAACUAGCAGGCGGAGCGUUGUCGUCGGCGGGUGGGUCUGGCCCGGCGCCGUUGAUCCUGGACCGCGAGGGCCGCACCGUCGACACCAGCGGCAAGCGCGUCCAGCUCACGCACGUUGCGCCCACGCUCAAGGCGAAUAUUCGCGCGAAACGUCGCGAGGAGUUCCGAGCGCAGCUGUCCGGGCAGACCAGCUCGGAGCCGCAGCCGGACGCCGGCUGGGUGGACGCCAGGCUGCAGCUGAAGCCGCCGGUGCGGGCUCGCCGCGCGCUGCGCUUCCACGAGCCCGGCAAGUUCCGCCAGAUGGCGGAGCGGCUGCGGAUGAAGGCGCAACUGGAGAAGCUACAAAAUGAAAUAUCCCAAAUCGCUCGCAAGACCGGCAUCUCGUCGGCCACCAAGCUGGCGUUGCUGGCUGCCGACACGCCGGAUUCAGACCGCGUACCCGACAUUGAGUGGUGGGACAGCGUGAUCCUGCUGACGGGCGAGGAGCGGGAGGCGGGCGGCGAGGCGGACAGCCGCAGCGGCUCGCAGCGGGUGGACGCGUGCAACGUGGGCGCCGACGACAUCGUGGACAACCUCAACCACGCCGCCAUCACCAACCUCGUCGAGCACCCCCAGCAGCUGCGUCCGCCCACGGAAGCCCUAAAACCGACGUACAUGCCCGUGUUCCUAACGAAGAAAGAACGGAAGAAGCUGCGCCGUCAGAGCAGGCGUGAGGCGUGGAAGGAGGAACAAGAGAAGGUCAGGCUGGGCCUGGAGGCGCCGCCGGAGCCCAAGCUCAGGAUAUCGAAUCUAAUGCGAGCUCUGGGUACCGAGGCGGUCCAGGACCCGACGGCCAUCGAGGCCAAGGUCAGGGAGCAAAUAGCCAAGCGGCAGAAGACUCACCUGGAAGCCAACAAGGCGAGGGCCCUCACCAAAGAACAGAAGAGAGAGAAGGUGGACCGCAAGAUAAGAGAAGACACCACGAUGGGAGUCCACGUAUCCGUUUAUAGAGUGCGAGACCUGUUCGAGUGCGCGUCGGCCAAGUUCAAGGUGGAGGUGAACGCGCAGCAGCUGCACAUGUCGGGCUGCGUGGUGCUGCACCGCGGCUGCUGCGUCGUCGUCGUCGAGGGCGGGCCCAGGCAGCGCGCCAAGUACAAGCGCCUGAUGCUACACCGCAUCAAGUGGGAGGAGGAUCUGGUGAAGGAUGCAGAGGGCAAUGAAGUUCCCAACUCGUGUCAGCUGGUAUGGGAGGGCGUUACCAAACAACGGUCCUUCGGGGAGAUCAAGUUCAAGGUGCUACCAACAGAGAAGCAGGCAAGAGAAUUGUUCCAGAAACAUGGCGUCGAACAUUACUGGGAUUUGGCGUACAGCGGCGCCGUGCUGGGCUCCGGAGUUGACGACGUGUAGACAGACAGACAACACUACCGAUCACAAUGCGACAUUAAUUAGGCGUGGGCAAUAUGGGUACCGAUCCGAUAUCUAUAUAUUGGGUUCCUCUGGACACUGAUGGCGGGAAAAAGGUCGUCAGCCAUUUCGAUAUCGCCCAUCUCUCUCUCUUCGUCCUCUUCAUUACUGAAGGUGGUGUCCUUGAAAGGUGUCUGUUGCCUCUCUUAUGAUGUUAUUCCAUUGUGCCCGGUCUGCAGCUUCUCGCAGGACAGCUGCGAUUGACAGUCCCGUAACGGCGGUUAUUUGGUCCGACCAUAGAUUAGGCGAUCGUCCGCGUGGUCUUUUUCCCUCCAUCUUGCCAACAACCAUUAGUUUGUCCAGAUUGUCGGACUGUCGUCGAGCGACAUGACCGAAGUAUCCAAGAAUCCUCCGAUAGCAGACUGUCGAGAGCCUAUCUUUUAUGCGGAGUUGCGUCAGGAUAGAUAUUUUGGAAUAUGUUAAAAGUCUGUUAUCCAAUAUAAUUUUUUGCAUAAUACACAUUUAACAUAUACGUUAUUGGAUCAGUAUAUAGGAUAUUGUAACUGAAAUAUAUAGAUAUUGCUAUAUAUUAUCCUCGCCUAAUAGUAAUAUUAAAAAUAUGAAAAGUUUGUAAAAAUUGAGGUUUAAAUGUUUUUUGCACUUUGACCCUUAAAUGGCUGAACGGAUUUUGAUGAAAUCUUGUACACGAAUAGCGAAACAGUAUACUCUGUUAUGUCCACGGUACUGCUCAUGUCUACAGGCGACGGUUACCACUUUACAUCAGGUGGGCCGUCAGCUUGUUUGCCAUUCUAAGUCGUAUUAAAAAAAAAAAGGUUAUAUCCUACCUAAAUUAAUAUUGUAAAGCAGUGUUUUUCAAAGUGUGAGCCGCGACCCCUUGGUGGGUCCGCGAUCCUCUACAAGGGGGUCGCGGAAGGUCGUGAAGCAGUGAAAAAUCAACAAUUCCGCAAAUACAUCAAUGAAUCAAAAAUACAUAAUGAAGUAUCUGUAACCGACAUCGAUUACAUGUCCGUUUUAGAUGCUUUAUUAUGUAUUAUUUAUUUUAUUUUAUCGAUACCCAACUGUAAGUAUAAAUACAACUGUACGGAUUUCAUAAUUGUACUAUGAUAAAACUCAUACAUAUUCGAAAACGUGGAGGGCAGGGGGUCGCAAGAUAUUUAUACAUACUAAGGGGGUUGCAAGACUCGUUUGCAUAUUAAGGGGAUCGCAAGAUAUUUAUACAUACUAAGGGGGUUGCAAGACAUGGUUACAUAUUAAGGGGGUCGCAAGAUAUUUAUGCAUAUUAAGGGGGUCGCAAGAUAUUUAUACAUACUAAGGGGGUCGCAAGAUAUUUAUACAUACUAAGGGGGUCGCGUCAUGAAACAGAUUGAAAAACACUGUUGUAAAAAGUAUUUUAUAUUUACUGAUUCACGCGGGCCAAGCUGCAGGGUAACAGCUAGUCUAUACGUGAAGGAAAUCCAAGAUGUUCAGUACUUGAUUGCGGAUAGAUUGCUAAACUUAUUUGAAUGUAAUUUAUCGCAAACGAUAGAUCAUUUAUUGGAUUAUAAAAGACGCUUAUACU